CGGAUCGUCGAGCAGUGAACCGUUCUUCCUACUCAUCAUUUUUUGAAAUUGUUUAAUAAAUCUAGACCAUGUUUUUGUCUAGGUUUUUCGCCUGUGGUGUGCGCCAAGGUACCCGCCCACCCUGAUUCAAAAGGAAUUGGGAAGCGUGGAAGUUUUAAGUUCUUCGAUUCUGGCAACAGUUCUGGCAGUUGCUUCAAGCAUGGGUUGUCUUGCCUAGAAUACACAGUCACAAACUUUGUCAUUAAAUGCACGCACGAAAAGCUGGACUCUACAUGCAGCGCUCCGUGAUUUUCCGGUUUGCACCCCUUCAACUUUGUGAGUGAACUGCUUUGUUUGAGGCAACAGCAGGUGUUCACGACUUGACUCCGAAUGUACAAGGAACACCAUACAGUUCUAUGGGUGUCAACGGGUCCUGGCAGCUACGACCUCCUCCCGCAAGACUCUCCGUGCACUUCGCGAGACCCACCUCGGUCCGGCUCCGGUCCGUCGACGAACCUCCGCGAGAAGCGUCGAGCGCAGGCGCACCCGUUCGAGUGCGACUUCUGUCCGGCCACCUUCAAGUACAUGGGACCCCUCGUGAAGCACGUUCGGACGCACACAGGCGAGAGGCCCUUUAAAUGUACCUUCUGCAACAAGACUUUCAACCGUACGCACAUCCUCAAGUUGCACCUCCUCACGCACUCCAGCGUGAAGCCCCACACGUGCGACGUCUGCGGCAAGUCUUUCACCGCGCGCGCCAACCUCUCCGUGCACAUCCGCACCCACACGGGCGAGAAGCCCUUCAAGUGCGAGGUAUGCGGAGCCUCUUUCCACUCGAGCACGAUCCUCAGCGGCCACAUGCUGAGUCACACCGGCGUCAGGGAAUUCCAGUGCGGGCACUGCGGAGCAAAUUUCAGCCGCAAGUACCACCUGACGAGGCACACGUUCAGGCAUGUCAAGCGAGGGGACAUAAAGGAUGAGGGAAGGGUGCAGAGAGGAGCUGCGUCCCAAAAGUCGUGAAAGGGUGAAGGGUCGGGCCACUUUCGGUUGCCGGGCGGUGGUGGACAAAAAAAUGUGUGCUCAAAUUUACUAAAAGUACUAUAGUCUGUGACAACUUAAAGGGAGUACAGAGGGCCAUCCCAAAAAAUUUCAGAUUAAGACAUCUGAUGAAAGUGUGUGUGUCGUUAUACCGAAGAGCGCGAAAGGUUUUGAUGUGCGCAAUUUGUUUCCCAGAAAAAGACCUUUCCUUAACUCGCCACUCCAGCUAUAACGAGGAUGAGGAGGUAUGAUGCCACGUCACCGAUGACGGUAUAAGGAGAACUCGUUCUGAUUCGCCAGUCAGUGGGGGUCAGCGCCUUCUCCCUUUGCCGUCAUAAACUUGUUUUGCCAGUUCCCUGGAGAAUUGGGGAUAGAAGGAGCGGCAGAAGCAUUACCGAGCAAGGAGAAAGGCUUUAUCGCAACCCCGAACAGCCGAGUAGCAGAUGAUAGCGGAGUAGCAGACAACAUUUCUCUAGACCAAUCAGCGAGCGUUCUCCUCAUAGCGUGAGCGCGAGGUUCCAGGCAGAUCACAGGCUGGUACUGCUCUUCACCACCGUUGCACACGGUCGCUUUUUGCGGCGUAUUUUAAAUUCAGUUUCCGCGAUAAUUAUGACUCUGUGGUGUGAAUUACUUCGCAUGGUGCAUCUUACUUUCCUAAACAACAGUCUUAUAGGAAGAAAACUGGGUGUUAAAAAUGACUUCUGCGCUACUUUAAGUCCUACGAUUGGGGCCGCCUGCUCAUCCGUGGAAGGCUCCUGCGAUUGGCUGCCAGCCUUUGCACGAUGCGAUGUAGUGCCGGCUCUCUCUCUCUCUGCCCCCAGUCCCAACUUGGCCGCGCCGCACUACAUUCGUUCGCGCCAUAGAGUUAAUAUAGGAAGACUACCUAAAGAACGUACUUGGCGCGCCGUCAGUGGGAUUCUCCCAUCCCCGAACGUGACCGCCCGGGCGCAACCAUCCGUUGGUCAUGGACGGUGUUAGCGGACCAAUUUCUGCCCCCUAACUACAGCGGAGCUGCUCCGUUUGUUGCCAACCAUGUGCAGUCGCAUGGGAUAACAAAUGGGGAAACGAGCCGAUGGAGGGAAGACGUCCAGCCUAGGAAGCGAGGCAAGCCGUGUACUAAUUACGUUGAGUACGUACAAACCUUCGGGAUACGUGCAGAAUUGAGUACUGCCAUCGGAACGACAAGGUAAAUGCUGUCAUAUCAAACGUGAAUCAUAUCUUACCUAUGAGAUCACCUGCGACACCGCCAACCCUUUGCUUUCCACCGAGACAGAUGAAGAUGUUUACCGCCUAUGACGCGUUGAAGUGGCGUUUGUAUGCUUUGCGAGCGAAAUCAAUAAAUCGUUUCCCAUCGUAACGAACGUAGGCAUAUAUUUCCGAAGACAAGAAUAAUCCAAAGAUGAAUAGCACACACAGUAAACUCUCAUCUUCAUUCUGCCCUGCGAACCAACGGGAACCGGAAAUGGCAAAAACGAAACCUUCCGCCUUUCCAUGCUCUGGUCUGUCGAGUUUCGUGAUAAUAAAUUGACAAACGAACGACAGCACGCAAGUGUUGUAGUGGGACAAUAUUCACUGCUUAUCUGUUUUACAAGUACAUACGAGAUACACACAUAGUAUGCCAAAUUUCAAUAGCAAGUGAUGAAUUUAGGAAAACGAGCGCGUCAAGUUUAGCGGAACGAAGCAGCCAAUGCAUGACCGACGGACGGCAGCUCCAUUGUGGUCACGCUGUUUUGAGCGAGUCCGACCCCCCUGGUUGAUGCGGAGUGAUUGGGGGCGAGGUCAAGUUUAUGACCUAUGUUGUCACUGACUAUAAGUACUUCGUGUCAAUGGUACUUGAAGUACAGUACAAAGUACCACAUUUAAAAGUAGUCUGAAUACUGGGUAGACAUAUUCCUUUACUAAUGUAUUCCAACGCGCAACAGACUUGCAUGAUACGAGACCGUCCCUCUAAAGUACUCAAUUGGAAAUGUAAAGUGCACAUACUGAAAAAGGAACUUAAGGUAGUACUUCAAGUAUGCCCUGCAUCGUAGGCGAAAAAGAAAAGAUGUCCACACUGAACAGAUAUAAAAUACUGUUGUUCAGAGCAGUGUGAAUGGGGACGUCAGGUUUUACAGCAAAAGGGGGAAAUAUAUUCAUUGGAAUUCGUAAUCGCUCAAAUACUGAUCCGGAUCUGACCAGUGAUGGUGGCCAUGGGAGAGGAUAUGCAUACGAGAACCAAUAGGCAUUGGAGAUUAUGUAGCUUCUCUGACUUCCAAGCUCAAUGCGAAUGUAUCUUAAACUCUUUUAUCUUUGUGACCACGACAGAUAGAAAAUAGGACAUUAUUUGAAUUGCUUCAAUUUUUUAAUGUACUUUUUGGUCUACCUCACCAGUGUUUUUCACUCUCUACACAAUUUAAACUCCUCGUGUUGGCACGCGCAUAUAAUUUGUGAACAUUCAUGGAGUGAUAGUUGUUACUGAGAAUUUAUCCAGUCUGGCCUUCGACUGAUUGCCAGUUUCCAGUGUCAAGGGUACACAAUGUGUAUUAUAGUGUGUCAUCAAAACAUUGCCAUGUGGCAAUCAUGGGGCCUCCAUAAAAGGGUCUGUUUUUGUGCACUGUUCUUGCUGUGUUUGUCAUAUCAUGUUACAAUCAUGUGUCACUUACCCGUAUUUCAAUUAACCUGGUUAUCCGGUCUGCAUGAUCGGAACGAAACUGUGACCGUUGUGUUGCCGAUGUAGUUAAUUAACUGGAAUUAGUUAUUCAUAUAUAAGCAUGGGGUACUCAAAGCAGUGUUCCAGAAGUGGUGUCAUUCUGAUUCGCUUAUGCGGAAAAGUGUUAAUGGGGAAUCACUUCUUCAGAAAUCUAUGGGCGAUUUUCGUUCGCACAAGACAUGUGAACGUUCUAAACUAUCAUCAUAAGAUUGGUACUUGCGUGUUCUCUUAGCUUUUCUCUAGUCAGUGACGUAUUUUUAGAGGACAAGGUUGAGCCGUUGAUUUUUAAUAAAUUAAAGUUCGGUUCGUCUCGAACAAGUGCUGCCCUCUAGAUAGUGUGUCGCGCACUAAAAUAUUAGCGAAUUCAGGCUCGAUACGAAUCAACGGAUAGUCCUGGAAUUCUACGAAAUGUGUCGUUGACGAGGGUAAAGCAAGGAGAACACACCAGUACUUCUGUUUUGAUGAUAUUUUGCGCCGUUUCUAAGCGCUGUGCAAACAAACUUUCUCUUUUGUCUUGCGCAGAAGUGAUUCCCCCUUAAUGUCCUCCGUCUUCAUCAUGUGCUGGUGUUGGCAUUGUCCCAGAGAAACGUCAUUUCCCCCGGGAGCCAUCUAGUCCGCUCUUUCACCCCGUUUUGCCUAGGGGUAUCUCACUGGAUGCCAUUGUGAACCGACAGGCUCUUGGGGAAACGCAAGAAGUGCCCGAUUUCCGCAGGGCACAGGAAGUCGCUAUGAGCGUGAGCUAGACACAGGCCCCGUGAGAGUAUUUUUAGGUUUCAAGCCCGAGUUAAAGAUGCGCUAGAUGUUGACAUAGGAACAGCAUAGGAACAACGUAGGAACAACGUAGGAACAAUGUAGGAACAACACGAUCUACGGGAAAAAGAGAAAUGGGUUCCCAGUGGUCCUGCAGAGCGAUGGGCAGGCUUCUGUCACACACCUCACAGACACUUGGCAACCUGAAACAGUCCACUUUAAAAUACUUUUCGAGAUAACGUGUGCCAGAACACAAGUUCUUUCUGUCUUCUUAUUUUUCCGUUGAAUAGUAAGCACAUUUAGCGAAAUGGUACACUUCCUCUCUAUUCAGUUAUCUGGAAAUUUGUUAUCGGGACAAUAUGGGGUUGACAACGGUUGAGUCUCCACGAUAAACGGGACAUGACUGUACAUACUUUGUCGUAUCUUUUAAUGGGACCUCAAAGAUAUAGCCUCCUACAAGUUCGAUUGUGAAAAGUUCUUGAUCCUCUUAAUAGUGUUAAUAGUUUGUUAAACAGCAUAAUUCAGCUAUUUUGUGGCUUUGACAAUAUGAGGAUUAUCACUCUGCUACAUUAUUUCAAAGUAUCGAUUUGUUAUUUAGACAAGUAAAUCGACGCAAUGUAGCCAAAUAAAAACAGGUACGUAUAAUCUAAAUGUAAAUAGCAACGGUGCAGCAGUAUAUUUCAAUGUUGUUCAAUUUAAUUCGUUGAAGUUGUACAUGUUGAAUUGGCUGACAUACUAUUCAUGACAUGAGCAUUGCUGGUUUUGUACAUGCGCUUUGUGAUGCUAGAUACUGUGUGUCUGUGUUUUUACUGCGUUCUUUCUUAUGGGACUGCAUGUUCCUAUAAGCACUGUUGUACGUGCCUACGUACGAUUUUGAUCACCUUGUUGGAUCUUGGACAUGACGUUUGGUCAUGGCACUUUGCAAACCAAGACACACACAACUGGCUACUUCACAAAGCUGGUCAACUGUUCAUAGCUACCAUUUUGUAACCUUUUUUUUGAACCACACAGCCACAUGGUUUCUAUCCUGUUUUUCUUCAUAGUUUGGGACUGUACCUGAAUUCGAGCUGAUUCAAAUAAACCCUGUCUAACGAUUU